UGUCAACAGAAUAUUAACAAACACGUUGCCAUUUAUCUACGGUGUGUAACCUCGAGGGAAUCAGGAAAUUUCAAAUAGCAUUGACAGUCCUUCUAUCCAAGGUUUUAAGAAACAUCACACAUUCCAGCAGGUGUUUUCUAUGAUCUGAGUAUGGAGGAGGUAUACGCAAAGAUUCAAGUUUACCUUAUAAAGAAAGACAAAGAAUGCGACACGCUGAGAUUUCUGACGUCUCGAACGACCUCUCUGAAUGCAGAGCACGUUUCAGACGUCUGCAACACAAUUAAAGCCAUACUACAAGAUGCCCAAGCAAUCGAUGAAGGUGUUGACUCAAGGCCUAUAAGCACCAAUGAGAAAUGUAUUCAAAACUUUAAAUUCCUACUGCUAAACACAGACUUUAAAGCACAGGAACAUCUCUGUGAAGAUAUAACGAAUGGACAUUUGGUAGACAUGUGUCCUCCUCUAUCUCCUUUUUUAUUUAUGCAGAUAAUCUGGACUCUAAGUUAUGAAGAAAUCUUAUGUAAUUCCAUUCUUUUUAUGCCAAUGGAUUUAUGCACUGAAGUGCUGAAUAUACUAUGCAGAUGUGUGAUGGAUUUGGAAUUCCAUGGGGCAUUGAAUCUCAUUUCUAAGAUAAUCAUAAACUGCUUUAAAAAGCUUUCUUCUGCGCUGCAUCAAGACAUUCAAGUUCUUGACACGGAUGAAACUUUGAAGAGAUUCCUGGGAAGUAUUCAAGAGCUGAUCUUACUCGUUGGUACACUUCAGUCCAAGUCAACUACCACCAUUACCAAACGUUGCAGGUACGAAAGGUAUGGCUUGGUAAUGAUUAGGGCCCUAAACAUUUUGAAAGAAUGUAUAAUCAAUACAAGAACUGAGAAGAUCAUUCUCUCGGAACAUGAGGCAUUAGAAAAGUUGUAUAAAAUAACUUUUGGUAGAGAUUUCAUGGCUAGACUGGAUAUGACCGCUGUAAGAGAGAGCACUGACUUGUUUUUAGAUGAACUGAUUCAGGUGUUGCUUGGUCAUGCAAAGAAGAUAGACUGCAACAUGUACCUGGAAUGGGCGGAAAUAGAUUUUUCCGAAGAUACGUCGAAGUCGAUACAACGUGUUGUUGGACUGGCCUGUUACCACUUUUUGGAAUUUUUAGGCACGGAUUAUGAGCCUGAAAAAUAUCAGCCCCUAAUCGAAUGCCUUCAACAAUUAUCCAGCCGACCUGAUGCCCCGUUUGCAAUGAGUUUGGCAGAGUUGUGUAGCGAGGUAGACAAGGGGGAUGACAAAUGCCUGCGAACAUUAAUCGAAAGAUUCAGGGACUGGGAUUAUGUCACUGUUGAUUUUUUGGAUAAAACGUGCGCUAUGAUACAAAGGGAUGACUGCCUUAGUCUGCUAAAUAUUGCAGCAGAAUUUGUCAGUAUUACAGCAUCGCCUCAAGCCGAACUCUGUCCCGAGGUUCAUGCCCUGGCAUUGAAAGUAUUGUUGGGUCAGAAGCUGGUGGAUAUGAUGGAGAUUGUUACAUCUUUUAUAAUAAUUCAUAACGCGAGUCGAGCCUUGGAAACGACGAGCUUUGACUCAAGUUUUGAAAGCUACGUAAAUCAGGGGAUAGCUUUAGGUUCAUGCAAAACAUCACUGCGUGUUUUACUAUUUUAUCUGAUUCAGAAUCCAAGGAAGGUUUUGAGUACGCUCAUAAAAGCUGCAAUCAGCUGCCCAAAAUACGCAAAGAGUGUCGUGUUGCCUGAGGACCUUUGCUAUUUAUCACCAAUAAUGCAAAUCGUCGAUGACAAUCAACUUUCGCUCCUUGCAAAUGCGUUAUACACAACUUGCAGUGAAGAGCUAUUAACUGGGAGUAGUAAGAAGUUCAUUGAUCUUGUACAAGUUUUGUUACAACACAAUGUACUUACCGCAGACCAACUUCUCAAUGACGUUUUCGUACCUGUUCUGAGAAAUGACACUAUUCCAUCAAAUAUCCUGCCUAUCCUAACUUGUGUGCGGAACAUCAGGGAAAGAUUGACUUUGGAUAUAAGGAAGACCAAGCUUCUGCACACCUUAGCACUGACAAUACGCAGUCUGCGAGGAAACACCAGUAUUUCUUUUUACCAGAGGGAAGAGAUGCUUGAUCUGUUACGUAGGACAAUUCAGCACUUUACAAAAAACGGGGUAACUUCUGAUAAUGGAACAGAUUUACUUACGCAGGAAUUGGAGGUUUUUUUGGAGCCACUGGAUAGAAUCUACUUUACUCCAGGAUGGGAUUGGAUAAAAAAUGAGAACUCUUUGCCCCAGGUGUUGGAAGAUUAUAGGAAACGUUGUCACCAUAUUAUGAACCAGAGCAAAGAUCUUGCAAAUCGCUGUAUUAUAACAGACGAAUUCCUCAGCAGCCAGAGCCUGGAAUUAAUCGAUUUACUACAACAUUUGAUAUUGCGAUGUACAGAAUCUGAGUAUCUAAGAUUUGCAAAAGAAGCGGUAAUAAUUCACUGGGAUUACUUUGGAUGGGACAACGAAUUGGACGCUUACUCACAGUUUUCUCUAGCCACCAUAAAAGUCUGCAAUCACUACUUAGAAUCAUUUGAUUUGAUGAGUAUCUGGGAAUUCUCAGUCCACAAAUUUGUAUCUUUGAUUAAAAAUCUAGCGAACUUAACCAGUUGGUUUAUAAGCAUCGAUGCGAUAGAUGACUAUGAAUUUGUCUACAGAAGUCUAGUUGCUGCAAUGAACACGUUGAGUCUGGAAUCAUCAAAUUUAAAUUUAUCGACGUGUUACAACGAGUUUAGAAGAACUGUGAGCCCUUGCACAGAUGAGGCUUAUUCGUAUGAAACGAUUACAGAACUAGUUAGCAACGUUGUUAAAUUAGGAGAUCAAUGUCUCCUUGAGUGUACUACGCCAGUGGUAAAAGUUGUGCAAAGAUCAAUAUCAGAAUCACAGUUUUACAUUAAAUUUAUGUUCAUUACAAUUUGUUUGAACUGGCCAAUCGAUGAAAAUAGACUGUUAUUAUCGAAAAUUAAUGAAAAAUUAUACAAGCACAAAAGACAUUGAAGCAAAUAUUGUUGGCUGAUAGAAGACUGUAUGUAUAAUAUAAUUUCAUGAAUAAAGCCCUUGGCAGUAUUGAAAGUACGA